GGCGCCGCCAUGAAGCCGGCCGUGGACGAGAUGUUCCCCGAGGGCGCCGGGCCCUACGUGGACCUGGACGAGGCAGGGGGAAGCACGGGGCUGCUCAUGGACCUGGCGGCCAACGAGAAGGCGGUGCACGCGGACUUCUUCAACGAUUUUGAAGAUCUCUUUGAUGAUGAUGACAUCCAGUGAACUUCAUCUUCYAGCCCUGCAGUGCUGAGAUGUGGAAUUCUGCUCUAGGAUCACGUGUGGUGGCUGUUAUUUAUUAAAGUACCCAAAACAGAAAGUCCACUGCGGGGCGAGGGGGUUGAUGAGGGGCAAUGCAAACUUCUCAGGAUUGUGAAACCCAGAUGGGUAAAGAUAACUGCAACAGGAAUUGUGGACUGCCACACUGCAURGGUUUGUUGUUGUUUCUUUUAAAAUUUACUUGCUGAUGUGCUGAUUUAAUAAAAUCUUGACAAAAUC